AUGGCCGCACACGAAUUACCUUCAGCAAGGUUAACUACACAGUUGAUGCUCUACCGAGAGCUGACUUCAUCUUGCGGUCGACGAAAGCUGACCGACCUGGAAGCAUCCUGGCCGUGGCGCGCAGCUAUAUACUCCAGGGAACCUUCCUCAGAUACCUUCAGAUGUUCCGGUACUAUUGUGUCAAAAAAGAUUAUCGUUACAGCUGCACAGUGCACGACCGAUGAGGAUUCAAUAAUUGAUUCGCGAAUGUUAACUGUUAAAGUUGGUAUCCCUUAUGCUCUUAUCGAAGGACAGGAAUUCAUCCAAAUACACGAAGUUCGCAGAAUUUUCGUUCCCAGCAAUACGACCAGAAACGGUUUACGCCGAGAUAUCGCUCUACUUGAAUUGCAAUCGAAAAUAAUUUACAGCGAUUACAUUCAGCCGAUUUGUCUUUGGAAGGACAACGUUCCAUUUAGCAGUACUUUUGAUAGGCUCGGUCAUUUGGUAUCCUGGAAAUUCGAUGAAAAUCACGUUCCGAUCUCGUUCAACGAAGUUCAUUUCCAAACACUUUCGCACAACUAUUGUUAUACAUUCGAGUACAUACGCCAAACGAGAUUGGUCGACGAACAAAGUUUUUGUGCUGAAAUGGUAGUUGGGAAAACCGGAAUAGGAAACAGUGGUGCCGGACUGUAUUACUUAGAUUCCGAUACCAAACAGUGGAUGCUGCGAGGAAUUUUAUCAGCCGCCGGCCUUGAUCCAGAAAGUUUUAAGAUGGACGAUUCAUUACCGAACGUUGAUUUUAGCGAUGAACUCGGGAACAAAUUUGGGGUACGAAAUGAAAAGUGGCGAAUUGGAUUUUACCGGAGUAAGAGAACAGGAAUCACCGGUUCAAAAAUACUGAUGGAAGACGUCCCAGACCAGCCUGGAUAA